UUUGCUCAGGUCGCAAUUGGACUUGCUGUUGUAUUCUCGUGAUUAGUCAGUGCAUAAAUUUUGCCUCUGAAAACGUACCAGUGCUCUAGCUCAAUUUAUGAUGAUUAUUUAAUAUUAUACUGAAUAUCAAGUACUCAUUGAUAGGGGUUAUAUUAUGAAAUACAGUAAAUAGUUGUACGGAUUUUAAUAAAUUUUUAGUCAAAUGUGUGAAGCUUAAAGCAACCAUAUGGAAUCAAAGAUGACAUAGUGCAUGUUUAUUCGCAUCUUUCUCACCUCAUAUAUACUGUUCAGCAUCACACUUUUACUGACCAUGGUGGUUUGAAGGUUGUAAAAGUCAAUAAACAGUUAAACGCUCGGGGCUGGUCAUCAUCUAUGAUAAUAGGUGAUCCUUGUUGAUCCUCGUGAUAUGUAGUACUGUGAUAGUACAGUCUCCCCUUCAGUUUGCUAGCAAAUGUAGACAGUUUGCAACUCGACACUUCCAACUCAUAUUAACCUUUUAGGACUAACAUAUGUGUAUAUUAUCAUUGAUCUCAUUUAUCGCUACGACUUUUCUAAUUGCUAUUGUUUCCAAGGUUUCUAGUAUUUGGACCGUAUCUAAGGCUAAGUAGUCCUGUCGGAUGUUCAGUUCCAGUUACCCAAGCGAAUAUUGGUGCAGUUAUCUAACGAAAUGGGAUCUUAUAUUGAUGAGGUUACUGAUGAUAAUUUAAACAUCUCUGAAGUAACACUGCAGUCGGACGCUUCUAUGAGUGAACAACAAAAUGCCGGUAUGUAUCUUUUCCUUUUUUACUUGAGUCGCUAUUACUACGAUUUAUAUUCCAUAAUAUUUUGCCCUUGUUUUGAUGACCUGAUCACCAGCAAAACUUUUAUCAACAAGUGUUUAACUUCACGAAAAUUUUCACAACUUUCAUAAAUUCCAUAUAACUCACAUAAAAGUGCACCUCUUUUUGCGAGCUGUUUUUUCGGCAUAUGUAUCCGUCUGAUUCCUAAAUACCUGAAAUCACAGUCUUAAUGUAUUUGAAAAAUACCUCGUGCUUUGAAAAAUCAUGUUUGCUAAUUAUAUUUUUUUAACGACUGAUUCAGCGUUUGUAUUGUGAUCGCACAGCCUUCCUUCAAUUUUUUUAGUUAUUCUAUGGCAAAGAGCAUUCAAGAAGGUCAAAUCAAUAGACCUAGACUCAUGGAGCAAUCUACCAUGGGAUAGAUGUCCUGUUCGAUGUGCCCUCAGACACCGGUACAGUGCAAUCAAGAAGAAAUGGGUUGUGGAUGAGGUGCGAAUCAAAAUGGAAUCGGAACCGUUUGAUCGUGGAGCAAUGCGGGAAUGCUUUAGAAUGAAAAAACAGAGUCAGAGAGCAACGGAUACCAAUGACUGGCACCAUACUUCAAAUUAUGUGGCCAAGCGAUACAUAGCCCCUACAGACAAGCAGAUUUAUUUUGACGAUGUACGUCUACAGAUGGAAGCAAAGUUAUGGGGUGAAGCUUUCAAUCGUCAUAAUCCUCCCAAAAAGGUGGAUAUCUUCCAGCUGUCUGUUCUCGAAUUGUCUCCUGACAGUUCUGUUGGCACUGAAAAAGUAGAUUUUUCACCAGCAUUUUUUCAUAUUGAACGCUUUAUGGAAGGAGAAUAUCGUAAAUACAACUCAAAUUCUGGCUUCGUUGAUGAGUGUUUACGUAAUACCCCACAGACCUUUAGCCACUUCACAUUUGAACGUUCUGGUCACCGAUUGUUAGUAGUAGAUAUCCAAGGUGUUGGAGACUUGUACACUGAUCCUCAAAUUCAUACAUCAGAUGGAGUGGGCUACAAUGAUGGCAAUCUAGGUACGAGGGGUAUGGCUUUAUUCUUCCAUAGCCAUAGAUGUAAUCCUUUAUGUAAAUGGCUAGGAUUGGCUCAAUUUGAUUUGGCUCCCUCUGAAUUAGAUGAGCCAAUGCAGUGUCAACAAACUGAUCAAAAUCCACCUAACCCCGCAGAAAAAGAAGUCAAUCAAAUUGACCUGAAUACAUAUGGGAUGUUUCGCAAAUCGAAAUUUCGUCGACGCACAAUCAGUCUAAAUAAUCAGAUGUCCUGUAAAUCCCCAUCUCAAUUAUAUGGUCCAACAGUUGUUCGUUCAUCAGAGAGCAUGCUCAUGUCGUUACUUUCUGAAACUCGCCGUCGUUGUGCUAGUGUCUCACUUUGUGAUCAUUCUAAAUCCGUAGGACAAAGUUCGGAUUGUGUAUCAUCUUUCCAUUCGGUAGGCGACGGUCUUUCAUUUGACAGCUAUGACGCUCUGAAGCUACGUGAAACAUCAUGUCUGAAUCCCCCUUUUCAGCUGUUGAGUCGCCAACUUUCACCUGAUUUAAAUAUAUCUGGUCAGGGACAGAUUUUUCCACAACCAGUACAAAAUUUCAGUUCAGUUGUCCCCAAGCAACCAGAUUCUAGAAACCGUGCAGCAUCUGGUGACUCAGGAUAUGUUGGACGAAUUAAUUUAAUCCAACCUUGUUCCGACUUACCUGUUAGUAAAUCUCACGAAAUCGCUUCUGGGUUCGAUCAAAACUGUAUGAAUUUUGGUGGCGAUUCUACCUCAGUUGAUUUGUCAGUACGUAUAUCUCAUCCUAAUGUCCUGGGUAUGCGGACCUUAGAAUCACAUUCAUUAGUGGAUGAAGCCUUUCCUACAGGACCAAAUUAUUCAAUUUCCAAUCGUAGUAUUUUUAUCCCCAAAAGACAGCGUAAUAUCAGUGAAUCUAGUGAUGUGGAUGCGGAAGAAUGUCAUCGUGUGACAGGAAAUUUGUUGUAUCAACUAAUGCAUGAAAAUCACAAACCAAGUUGUGCCGAUCAUCCUACAAACUUGGAUCAAGAAAUUGGCCAUUCCAUUCUUGGGCAAAUACAUCACGAACUUGCUAGACUUCAUGAAGCUGGGCGUUUCAUUCCAAAUAAAGGUCAAUGGUCACAUGUAGCAUUAAGAGGUGAAGAAAUUUUCAACAAAGACUCUUGCGAAUUUAGUGAGUUCGAUGAAUCGCAUAACGAAGCAAAUAACGACCCAGUAACUUUGAUCGACUGGUCAGCUGUCCUAUUUCAUGAACGUCACGCUGCUCAGCUAGGUUGUCUGGAAGCCAUGAUAGUCAUGGCACAUUAUUAUCUUGGUUUACCAACUCAGCUGCUACUGGAAUGCCCAAUAAAGCCGGAUCCAAGUGAUAUCCGUAUUGGUAUCGAUCAUCUCUGGCGUGCUGCAGAAGGUGGUGAUCGUCGAUGCAUGAUCCUACUCGCUCGCUAUCUAGAUUUGUCAGUUAAUUUCCUAAAUCCAGAACAUCAAUUCAACUUUACAACAACCUCGCGUGACAUACUUAUGCUUCCUGCUUUACAGUCGUUUCUGAACAACGAUAGUCAUUCAUUACUUUCCUCCAUAUCCCCUGAUUCUUGGUCCGAAGCUGUAGUGUGGUAUAAACGAGCAGUCGAUAGUGCGAUGGGUUCAUCCACUUCCAGUGAUGGGUGUACAGAUGAAGGUUUAGAUGCUGAAGGUCACUACGAUGCUGCUGAAGAUUUGUUACCAGUUUAUCGUAUUUUGGCUCGUAUGGCUGAAAUGUAUUCUGUCGGUGGCUUCGGUCUUAAACAAAAUUUUUCUUUAGCUGGUAAGUUUCUACCUGUAAAAUUUGAUACUUCGCGCUGUUUAACAAAGUAGUAGAGUUUGUCAAUGGAUACAGUAUACUAGUAAUAAUUAUUAUUUCGUCCACCUUGUUGCUUUGAGAAACUCAAGUAGAUUGAGAAUCCCAUGAUUUACAGAAUAAAAUGAAUCCAUUUUAUUCUAAAGGCUUGACGUCAGAUACAAAUUACUUCAAGCUACGAUAACUAAUGUUAUUAUGAACAAAGUUGUUCAUUCCUUAAUCAGUAAAGAGAAGUUUAGUGCAACACAGAAAGACAUGAGAAGUAGGAAGAAUACAAGGCGUAUUCAACAUAAUUAUUAAGAGUGAAUAGUGUUUGUAUGUUAAAAAUGAAGUCAUAUAACGAAAUGUUUUGUUACCACACUUACUGUGUUCAGAGGUCUGGCCGAAAACGCUUGAUUGUGGUAGUCUCCGUUAAUUAUCUGGAAUGCCUUUUUGAUAUCUAGUUCAUGUUCGCUGUACAUUAGGUGUUCAGACAUCUCACUUGUAAACACUUUACUUUUCUUCGUUUCGAACUACACCUCAUUAACUGAUGUAUAGAAAACUUUGUUUAUAAUAAUACUAGUAAUCCUACCGUCAAGCCGUUCUCGCCUGCUCAGAAGCCUUGAAAUAUGAUGAAUUCAUUUUAUUCUGUAAAUUUUUCGUUCUUGCUUUAUUCAAGUAUUAUUACAUCAAAGGCUGAAUGCUUAAAAAUCGUAGUGUUAUAAAUCAGUUUAUUCGUUCAAAGAGACUUGUUUGUUGUUUUUAGUUUACCAUUGUAGCUAAUAUAAUUAUUGUUUAUUUAUUUUUCCUUCUGUUAAAUUUUUGUGUACUGAAGUAAAGUGUAAAGACCUAGACUGUUCUUUAUGUAUGUCAAAUCCUACGUUGUUUUUUUAUUCAAUGAUUUUUGAACAAACGCUCUUCCAUAGGUUUAUAAACCUGAAGAAGAUAUAAUGAAGGUAUAAGUUGUGUAACAGUUUGGUUCAGUCCCUUUUUUAAUAUUUUCAUCAAAUAUCUUCCAAUUACUUAUUCCUCUGUUAUGAAUAAUUAGGGCCAUGCAUAUAGUGUUGAAAAUUCUUGGAUUCAAGCUAGGUGAAUCACCAAUACUUUUAUUUACAGCCUAAAGUUUAGAAACGGUUGAAUCUCAUAACAACAUUCGUAUACUGAUAACUACCAUCGUAAUACCUUUUUCUAUAUAUGAAAGUAUUCAGUCAUACAAAUCAUUUAUUGUCAAACAGAUUAUGUGGAAUGUCUUUGACUAUCCGAUGUUGACAAGAUAAUACAUUUCAAGUUGCUAUUGACCGAAAAAUGGCAACUAUAAGGAAACAAGUGCGUUAUUCACUAACUUUUUUAAUUGUCGUACUACUAAGAAAAGCACAAUUAUAAACUUGACGAUUUAUGUUGUCAUAACAAUAACAAUCUAUUUAUCCCUACAAGUUUAAGGUGUAAAAUGCUGAAGAAUAAAAUACAAUGAAUAACGUUUAUUUUCCUAACCUUGAUUGUAUAACUUUUUCCUCUAAGAACUUACAUUGUAACCAUAAAAUUUUGUUUUUGGAUUUUCCGUCAAGUUUUUACGUCCAAAAUAAAUCUCAACCUUAGCAAUAUAACGAAAGAUGACUUGGAACUUUUUUCCUUCACUUCUAAUUUAUUUUGUUUUCAGGAGAUCUAUUCACUCAAGCUGCAGAAAUUGCGUCUAGUGCUUUACAGGGUCGUUUGGCUGCAAGAUAUUUUGAGUUAGCAGAUGAAGCAUACUCAUCAAAUGAACAAAUCACAAACUGAUAGGAAGUAUAUUUUGACUUCAUAUGUGUCACAAGGCAUGAUUGAACAUAAUAUAUCCCUGUGUGUUGUUCAUACAGUUAUAGACAUCAGU